GAGGUGAUAGAGUGCAAUAAGCACUGCCGAUGUAGAACAGAUUGCUUAAAUCGAGCGAGUCAGCGACCUCGAUCGUUCGAUGUUCAUAUAUUUAAAACGUCGCACUGCGGAUGGGGCGUUCGGUCCCCGCAGCUCGUUUCGAAAGGCGCCGUUCUUGGUAUUUUCACCGGAUCGUCACACGAGAUUCGUUUCAUGAUGACGAGCCUGGGGAACUUUAUGCGUUCGACAUAGACGUCGGUGAGGCGGAAGUUAACAGGCAGUUUACGCGGUACAGUGUGGAUGCCACACAUUGUGGGAAUUGGACUCGAUUCAUAAACCAUUCGUGCGACCCGAAUAUCCUUGUAUACAGUGCGGCAGUGGAAGUACCGCCCUCCAUGGGGCUCAGUCGUAUAGUAUUUGCGGCUUGCCGAGAUAUUCCACCUAUGCAAGAGUUUUCGUUUGACUAUAGUCCAGCAGCCCAACACAUGAUAGAUCGUCAUUCGCAUACCUCUAAUCACGACAAAAUACCAUGUCGUUGUGGAACGUCUAGUUGUCGGGGAUUUCUGUUCAACUAGGAUCAAUUUUUCUUGCGUACACAUAGUUAUCGAUGUAAUAUAGCACAUAUAUGUAAUCUCAUUGCCCCCGACCAUUUCAUGCGUGUUUACAAUGGCAUCUUGUGCCCCAAGCACUGUCCAGAUAAUUGACAUUCAUAGAUGAAUGACUAAUUUGACCAAAUAUAACUCUUCAACAUAGAUACACAUAGAUUAGAAUACUCAUGAAUCGUGGUCAUUCGUCUUCGCCUUCAUCCAUUUCGAGAU